CCGGAGGCCGCGGCGGAAGCACUGUCUGGCGGGAGGAAGUGACGUGUCGGAAGCCAGGCGUGGCUGUGCGGAAGUGGCGGAGCCAUGGAGCUGAGCGAGAUGCUGUACAACAAGUCCGAGUACAUCGAGACGGCGUCCGGCAACAAGGUGAGCCGGCAGUCCGUGCUGUGCGGCAGCCAGAACAUCGUCCUCAACGGCAAGACAAUAGUUAUGAACGACUGCAUCAUCCGCGGUGACCUGGCAAACGUGCGGGUGGGACGGCACUGCGUGGUGAAAAGCCGCAGCGUCAUUAGGCCACCCUUCAAGAAGUUCAGUAAAGGGGUGGCUUUUUUCCCUCUUCACAUUGGCGAUCACGUCUUCAUAGAGGAGGACUGUGUUGUCAACGCGGCCCAGAUCGGUUCCUACGUCCACAUAGGCAAGAACUGCGUCAUUGGUCGUAGAUGCGUUUUGAAAGACUGCUGCAAAAUCUUAGACAACACCGUGCUACCUCCCGAAACAGUCGUCCCACCUUUCACAGUCUUCUCAGGCUGCCCAGGACUCUUCUCUGGGGAACUCCCGGAAUGCACCCAGGAGCUCAUGAUCGAUGUUACAAAGAGCUAUUACCAGAAGUUCCUGCCACUCACUCAGGUGGCCUCUGCCAGGGUCUAAAUCCAAGUCGCCACUGAAGAUCUCAAAUGCUCAGCACUGUUAACACUCCUUAGAUUUGACAACUUUAUCCUCUUGCCUGCGGAAGCGUCCCUGCGACCUGGGCUCACCUCUGCGCCUCUGCCAGCCCUGGAAGGAUGGCGUGUUGGGCUGCAGCGUGCUGUGACACCUGGCAGUGACACAGUGUGUUGGCGGCUGCAGCAUGCUGUGACACCCGGCAGUGACGCAGUUCUGGUGGCACCGCGGGCGUAGUACAGUGCAAUGACCAUGAUGUCCCAACAGCGAGGGGAGCUGGGGGUGCCUGGGAGCAGGGAGACCCCUCUGCCAGGAGUCUGGUACAAACACAGAUCACUUCAAACACCCA